AUGAAUCAAAGUCCAAUGAUAUACGUGCCAACAAAAAAGACUGACGAGGUUGACUGGGCAAAUCCUUUGAAACGUUAUAUUCAGACAACGUAUCAAGAGGAUCCAGAGAAAUAUGCUGAGGAAGCUAACACUAUUCAUCGUCUAAGACAAGAUAUGAGAGGUGCAGGAAAAGAUUUAACUGGAAGGGAUUUAAUGUAUCGCUAUUAUGGACAAUUAGAACUACUUGAAUUAAGGAAUUUUAUGCGUUUAACUUAUAUGCCUUUAUUUCUUGAACGAUUCGUAAUUCGGUUAUUGAAUUUACGUCGCAUUAGGUACGAUGCUUUUACUCAUAAAGCAACUUCUCAAUAUUCACUUGCGUAUGAAAAAGCAUGUACGAUAUUCAACAUAGCUUCCAUCUUAUCUGCUAUCGCUGCUUAUCAAAAUCGAUCAGAGCCCGAUGGUGUUAAACGGUCGUUCAAUUUUUUUCAAGCAUCCGCUGGGAUGUUUAAUUAUAUCAAUGAUAACUUUUUACAUGCACCUUCAACUGACUUGAGUCGAGAAGCUGUAAAAUUACUCUCUCAAUUAAUGCUAACGCAAGCUCAAGAGACUUUUCUUGAGCAAAGUUUAAGUGGAAAAAAGAAACCCGCUCUUAUUGCUAAAUUAGCUUCUCAAACAGGAUGGUCUUACGGUAAUAUUGUCGAAAAUAUGAACGAUCUGGUCACAAAAAGUAUAUUUGAUAAAAGUUGGUUAACUGCUUGUCAAAUUAAGCAUAAAUAUCACAUGUCAAUCGCACAAUAUCAAAAAGCUUUGGCUUGUGAAGAGGAAGGCAAAUAUGGUGAAUGUGUUGGUCGUCUUAAUAUCGCAGAAACUUUAGCUAAAGAUGCUAACAAAUCAUCCAAUAGUUUCGUUUCAGCCUUUUCACCAACAAAUUCACCAACACUUCCUCCUGAUGCUGCAAACUCGUUACAAGAACUCACAAAAGCGAAUUUAGCUCUUAUCACUGAGAAAAAAAAUUCCGCAACAAAAGACAAUGAUAUUGUUUAUCAUGAUACAGUUCCUCAAGAAGGUGUCAUUCAACCUAUUGAAAAAUUAAAUGCAGUAAAACCUAUACCAAUACAGGAACUUUAUAAUAAUCCAAACGAUAUCCAAAAAGUUAUUGGAGCUGAUAUUUUUCAACGCCUUAUUCCUCUAUCAGUUCACGAAUCUGCAUCUUUAUAUUCUGAAGAAAAAGCUAAAAUAGUGCGCAACGAAGCUGAAAGAUGUGAUUUGGCGAACGGUGAAUUAGAAGCAGUCUUAGAUUAUAUGAAAUUACCAGGUUUAUUAACAAAAUUCAAAAAUAAUAAUGAUGUUAGAUCAUUUAAUGAAUUUAUAACACCAACACCUGAAGUAAAGCAAUGGGCAAAUUUAAUUAAAGAGGAAGAGGAACGAAAAGGAGCUUUUAAAGAUUUAUUAAUGACUUUGCAGGGAUUGAGAGCACAAUCAAAAGAUCUAAUGGAUAACAUUGCUCUAGUUUUAGAGUGUGAACAGCGAGAUUUUGAUGCAAUGCGGUCAAAGUAUGGUGAUUUAUGGACUCAGCCACCAUCAGUAUCACUUACUACAGUUUUUCGUCAAGACUUACUUAGUCACCGUGAUAGAUUUGAGCAAGCCGGAAAUUCAGAUAGACACUUGUUUCAAAGAUAUGAACAGUCGAUGUCUGAUAUAAUAGUUUUGAGUCAUGGUGAAAAUAGUGAUGAAUUAGAAAGAAUGUUUGCUGAAGCAUUGGCCACCUUUAGUACAACAUCAAGUAACGACGAAAAUUUACUGGACGUGGACGUUGCACGAUCCAUGGAAGACAUUCCAGCUAAGGUUAAUCAAAUUGAAGAAUGUUUAAGCAAUCUGCAAAAAGUUAAAAAGGAAAGAAUGGAUACAUUGAAUGAUUUGAAAGAAAAGACGCACCAGGAUGAUAUAUCACACCUUCUAAUUUUAAAUAAAAAGACGCAAAAUAUCGAGCCACAGUUGUUUGCGACAGAGCUCGAAAAAUUUUCACCAUACCGAAAUCGAAUAACAUCUAUCAUUCAUCAUCAACAAGCAUUGUUAGAGGAAUUAACAGUUUUCUACAAAAAUUUAGUAGGAGGAGAAGAAGCGCGAAUACUGCAGGAUCGAUGGGAUCAGGCAGAGCGAAGGAAAAAAGAAGUUUGUGAACGGUUAAAAAAAGCAAAGGACAAUUAUUUGGAAGUCAAGGAUGGAUUGAGAAAAGGGAUUCAAUUUUACGUUGAUCUGAAUGAUUUGAUUGAGAAUCUUUCAAAAACUGUGCAUCAAUUUGCAAGAAGUCGCCAGCAAGAACGAGAAGAUUUGAUUCAAUCGAUUCAAAAUCAAGAAGAGCUACGAAUAAAAAGCCAAAUGAACAAAUUGAACGUGGCAAAUGUAACGAUGCCUAAUACUAGGAGUAUAUCCUACGAUACAUCAGCACAUUUAUCUGAAGAACUAAACAAAUUGUCACUCAACGCUGGAGUUCCUGGUACAAAUAUUUAUACAGCCAAUAAUACCAGCCAAGAAGCGAGCACCGUGAAUGUUCCCAUGCCCUCCGUACAAUCAUUUUCAGUUCUCCAAGAAUCAUACCCUGUACCUUCAGCACCAUCACAUGUUAGUCCUUCUGCACCAUCACAUGUUAGUCCUUCUGCACCAUCACAUAUUAGUCCUUCUGCACCAUCACAUAUUAGUCCUUCUGCACCAUCGUAUAUUAGUCCUUCUGCACCAUCACAUAUUAGUCCUUCUGCACCAUCACAUAUUAGUCCUUCUGUACCAUCACAUAUUAGUCCUUCGGCACCAUCGUGUGUUAGUCCUUCAGCACCGUCAUGUGUUAGUCCUUCAGCAACAUCAUACGUUAGUCCUUCAGCACCACCACCACCAAUAACAUUACCCAGUUCACCAACAUCUCACAAUCCCUAUUAUUCACAAACAUCUCAACAAAUUGUUACGCAAUCAUCUCUCGGAUAUUCAAUGCAACCAAUGUCACCAAAGGCACAAGGUCCACCCGUUCCUCCUUUACCUACAGAAUAUCAACAAAAUAAUGUUUAUAUUCCUUUUCAAUCAGACAUUCAACGUUCAUAUCAACCGAUUAUUCAUUCUAUGAGUAGUCAAUCAGUGACACCACAACAACAAUCUCUUUCAAGACCAUCUAGUGUAUAUGGAACUUCGUUACCAUCUCAACCUAACUACUCACAAACAAAUCAUCGUUAUUCUCAACAACAGCCACCCCAACAGUUGCCUCAAUUGCCGGCGCAACACCGUCAAUCGACUUAUGAUAGUUUUGCAUCACCUUUACAAAGUGGUUACAUUCCACCACCUUCAGGCUUACAUCAAUCUCAAGUUCCUCCUGCACAACAGCAAUAUUCUUCGCCUGUACCUGUGGCUCAACCACAACAAUACAAUGUGCAGACUAUGCAGAGACCACAAUUUAGCCAACCACCUCAAAUGUUGCCAACACAACAACCACAAAAUUUUUAUCAAACAAAUCCAAUCCCAUCACAAGCUCAGCAACCUGCAGUAGGAUAUUAUCAUAAUUCUGCACAACCUGUUCCUAUCCAACAAGGAAAUUAUCCUCCAACGACCGGUCCACAACAACCUAGUCAUGGCUACCAGCAAGCACCUUAUCAUACCCAAUAUCGAUCUCCAACAGCACCACCUUCAGGAAAUGAUGGCCCUUCAUU